AUGAAGCUCCAAGAUACUCGUAUCACGCCCUCGAAAAUUGGUUUAAUUGAUACCCACGUCUGCCUUGCCUUUGCAGGCCUGAACGCCGAUGCUCGAAUCUUGAUCGACAAAGCUCGAUUAGAGGCUCAGUCUCACCGCUUGACCGUCGAAGACCCCGUUACGAUUGAAUACAUUACGAAAUAUGUUGCUGGUGUGCAACAACGAUACACUCAGAGUGGUGGUGUUCGUCCCUUUGGUAUCAGUACUUUGAUCGUCGGUUUCGAUAAAGGGGAUGGUACUCCGCGACUGUAUCAGACUGAGCCCUCUGGUAUUUACUCUGCAUGGAAAGCAAAUGCCAUCGGCCGCUCAAGUAAGACCGUCCGCGAGUUCCUCGAGCGAAACCACAAGGAUGAUAUGGACCGUGAAGCCACCCUCCAGCUCACCAUCAAGUCGUUACUGGAAGUUGUGCAGACCGGCGCAAAGAACAUUGAGAUUGCUAUAAUGGCACCUGGCAAGCCCAUAGAGAUGCUUCCUACAGAGCAGAUCGAGUCGUACGUCAAGAACAUCGAAGCUGAGAAGCAGGAAGAGGCGGCCAAGAAGAAGACUGGACGGACACCGGGAACCGGAUCAGCAGCCAUCUUGACGCGGUCGGGAGCUACUGGCGAGGGCUCUGAGAGCUAG